AUGCUCUCUUCGCGCCUAUCCCGCGCGAUUCCUCGCGCCGCCUCGUCAUUUGCCCGUUCUAACACCUUCAAAAUCCCUGCAACUACAUUCAGAAGAUGGGAGUCUACGGAGAGCACAGAGAAGGUCAAGGGAGCUGUCAUUGGUAUCGAUCUUGGCACAACAAACUCUGCUGUUGCCCUGAUGGAGGGCAAGACUCCCAAAAUUAUUGAAAACUCGGAAGGUCAACGAACUACGCCUUCCGUCGUCGCUUUCACAAAGGACGGUGAGAGGCUUGUGGGUAUCGCUGCUAAGCGACAGGCUGUUGUCAACCCAGAGAACACUCUUUUCGCUACAAAGCGUCUCAUCGGACGUAAAUUCUCCGAUGCAGAGUGCCAGCGAGACCUCAAAGAAGUUCCAUAUAAGAUCGUUCAGCACACCAAUGGUGACGCCUGGGUUGAGGCCCAGGGCCAAAAAUACUCUCCUUCGCAGAUUGGCGGUUUCGUUCUCCAGAAGAUGAAGGAGACCGCCGAAGCCUACCUUAGCAAGCCGGUCAAGAACGGUGUUGUCACAGUUCCCGCCUACUUCAAUGACUCUCAACGUCAAGCUACCAAGGAUGCAGGUCAGAUUGCUGGUCUGAAUGUGCUUCGUGUCGUCAACGAGCCAACUGCUGCUGCUCUUGCCUAUGGCUUGGAGAAAGAGCAAGACCGUGUCGUUGCUGUCUAUGAUCUUGGCGGUGGUACCUUCGAUAUCUCCAUUCUCGAAAUUCAGAAGGGCGUCUUCGAAGUUAAGUCUACGAAUGGUGAUACCCAUCUCGGUGGUGAAGAUUUUGAUAUCACUCUGGUCCGAAACAUUGUUCAGCAAUUCAAGAAAGAUACUGGGCUCGAUCUCUCCGGUGACCGCAUGGCUAUCCAGCGUAUUCGCGAGGCUGCUGAGAAGGCGAAGAUCGAACUUUCCUCUACUUUGUCUACCGAUAUCAACCUUCCCUUCAUUGCUGCUGAUGCUUCUGGUGCUAAGCAUAUCAAUGUUAAGAUGACUCGUGCUCAGCUUGAAGCUCUUGUUGACCCCUUGAUCUCGAAGACUGUUGAACCUGUGCGUAAGGCAUUGAAAGAUGCCAACCUUCAAGCCAAGGAUAUUCAGGACGUUAUUUUGGUCGGUGGUAUGACCCGUAUGCCUAAGGUUACGGAAUCUGUCAAGAGCAUUUUCGGACGCGACCCCGCUAAAUCUGUCAACCCAGACGAGGCCGUUGCUAUUGGCGCUGCCAUUCAAGGUGCUGUUCUUGCCGGUGAAGUUACCGAUGUUUUGCUUCUUGAUGUCACUCCUCUCUCUCUCGGCAUUGAAACUCUCGGCGGUGUCUUCACUCGAUUGAUCAACCGCAACACUACCAUUCCUACAAAGAAAUCCCAGACUUUCUCCACUGCCGCCGACUUCCAGACUGCUGUCGAAAUCAAAGUUUAUCAGGGCGAGCGUGAACUCGUCAAGGAUAACAAGCUCCUUGGAAACUUCCAGCUUGUUGGCAUUCCUCCUGCUCACCGCGGCGUUCCACAAAUUGAGGUCACAUUCGAUAUCGAUGCUGACUCCAUUGUUCACGUGCACGCUAAAGACAAGUCCACUAACAAGGAUCAAUCUAUCACCAUCGCUUCCGGCUCCGGUCUCUCCGAUUCGGAAAUUCAAAAUAUGGUUGAGGACGCUGAGAAAUAUCGUGCCCAGGAUAGCGAGCGCAAAGCUACUAUUGAGGCUGCCAACCGUGCUGACAGCGUUUUGAAUGAUACCGAGAAGGCCCUGAAGGAAUUCGAGGACCGCCUUGACAAGACCGAGGCUGACCAGAUCAAGGAGAAGAUUGCUUCUCUUCGUGAGUUUGUUGCCAAGAACCAGUCUGGUGAAGGAACUGCUACUGCCGAAGAACUCAAGCAAAAGGUCGAUGAGCUCCAGACUGCUAGCUUGACCCUCUUUGACAAGAUGCACAAGGCUCGCCAAGAAGACACUAACAACCAGCAACAAUCCCAGGCUGGCGAAGCCUCUGGAGAGGAGAAGAAACCUUAA